AUGUUUACAGCCGGUUCGAUCUGGAAGCUAUUCGUCGUUUCGGCCGUGAUUGCUCUGGUCGGCCUACGAGCCGUCGAACUUGCCGAAGUCCAGCAACGCGGCCUUUCAAGAAGAGCGCCGACACCCAAGGCCCGAGUCCAAGUGAAGGGUUCCAUAACCUGUGGUGACAGCUGGACAACUACACUACAACUCAAGUUGGGACCACCUAAUGAAGAGAAAGUAACACCAAAAGGGGCGGGUCAGGAAGUCUCUUGCAGAGGCUACGAUAGUUUGGGUUACGAGUGCGACUGGCCCACAUGCUAUGUGUCGAAGGAUAACGUCAACCAUGUCCACUUGCUUACCUUUACAAAAUGCAUACGUUACCGCAAUGAUGGUGAGACAGGGCCGCCCACAACAAAAGUAGACUUCAUGCAUCCAAUCCAAUUCUGGGCUAGGAAUCUUGCUGGGUACUUGGUGGCCAUAGGUCAGGACAGUGGGCCCCAUCGAAAGGACGACAUAAUACGUCGAUAUAAAUGCCUUUGGAGCUCAUCCUCGGACCCCAACAACCAAAGACCUGUGUGUCAUAAUUGCACCCGCAAAGCCUUCAAGGAGCCCAAGCCCCCUCACUAA